GGACACGGCAGGGCGCCCCCCUCCGCUCGGUCGUCGUUCCCCAGCCGUGGACCGGCGCCGCUCGCCGCCUCUUAUGGACUCCUCCUGAGCUUUUAGCUUCCUGGCUUCCUACUCGGCGCGCGCGUCAUGUUCUCCGUGCGCAUCGUCACCGCGGACUUCUACGUGACGAGCCCCGUCAGGGAGCUGGACGUGUGCCGCUCCGACUUCAGGGACAGCGACGUCAAGAAGGUUCCGGUGGUGCGGAUCUUCGGGGCGACGCCUGCAGGACAGAAGACGUGUCUCCACCUCCACGGCGUCUUCCCUUAUAUCUACGUUCCAUACAAUGGCUAUGGGCAGCAGUCGGAGCGCUACCUGCGACAGGUGGCGUUCAGCAUCGACAGGGCUCUGAACGUCGCCAUGGGAAACCCCGCGUCCAACGCCCAGCAUGUCUUCAAGGUGGUGCUGGUGUCCGGCAUGCCUUUCUACGGCUACCACGCCGAGGAGAAGCACUUCAUGAAGAUCUACCUGUACAACCCUCAGAUGGUCAGAAGGGUGUGCGAGCUGCUGCAGAGCGGCGCCGUGAUGAACAAGAGUUUCCAGCCGCACGAGGCUCACAUCCCCUACCUGCUGCAGCUCUUCAUCGACUACAACCUGUACGGCAUGAACCUGAUUAACCUCGGAGCCGUCAAGUUCCGCAGAAGCAAGCGCAGAGACGAUGUCCCAGAAGUCUCAGGCCAGCCGGCUCCCAGCGUCAGUCCCUGGAAGAGACCCUCCACCUCCACGCUCACUGACGGAACACUGGAAGGCACGUUUGUCCGCUGGGAGGAGGACGCCAUACCCUGCUCCUUAUUUCUGGAUGAGGUGGAAAAGCAGAGCACGUGUGAGCUGGAGGUCGACGCCGUGGCUGCAGACAUCCUCAACCGCCUGGAGAUCGAGAAUCAGAUCGGCAGGAAUCCUGGACUGCAGGCCAUCUGGGAGGACGAGAAACAGAGGCGGAGAGACCGGAACAAGACCUCCCAGAUAGAAACCCCCGAGUCACAAGACCGCGGGUUUGUUACGUCCACGGAGAGCGAGAACUUCUUCAUGAAGAGAGUCCAGCAGAUUCUGAAGGACAACGAGUUCAGUGUGACCCAAGGAUCCGGGGUGGCUGACGGGGAGGACCAGGAGGACGUCCCUGAAGAAUUUAUGCUCCAUCCUGACUCUGUGACUCCAGAGGAGCUUCAGUGCACAGCUGCUAACGCCGUGGAGGUCCACAGGGACUCGCAGCAAGGCCACGCCGACUCCGUGGGGAGCCGUGGUAACGUCCCAGAGGAGGCGGUUGUUGACGAGGAGGCCAUAUUAAGUCUCCUGGAGAGCAGUCAGACCUUCCUCCCACUGUCGCAGGCGUCCAGUCCCUCUCCGUUACUGGACAGCACUUCAGACCGCGCCAUCAUUGAUUUGCUUGCCGGCCUGGAGAGCGACGGUCUCUGCAGGACCCACACGGGGCACAGCUUCCCGUCACAGCUGCUUCCCGGUACCAGGAACUACCACUGCAACAGUGACGACGAGGAGGCGGGGCCAGAGCGGGAAAAGGAAGAAGCAGAUCUGAGCGCAGUGAUGUCACAGCAGUGGGACAGUGACGCUCCCGAACACGCGUCCUUAGAGAGGUCGGGUGUGAAGGAGGCGGACUCCGGCCUCAGUAAUGAGCCGCAGGCGUCCUCUGAUGAGGAGAUGGAGUGGAGUGGGAGUACCUCUCUGUUUGCCAACAUGUCCAUCCCUCAGCUUGACGGUGCUGCCGAUGAGAACAGCGAUUCAUCGUUAACAGACAGUGGAUCCAGGACUCAGUCAUCUCUUAUCGUCGCAGACAACAUGAUAUCUAAGAGGAAUCCAUUCCCCAGGGAGACGGUCCACUUGGAGCCUCCGUCUUCAGCCAACAUCCUCCUUGACUGCAAGCACCCAGAGCACAGACCAGUUCAUGCCCUGGAGCCAGAUCAACCCCUCGAGAAGCACUUUCACUCAAAGAAGAGCAGCCAGGACAGCAACACUGAAUGUUCAACUGGGUUCAAGGUCAACAACGAGAUCCCUUAUAUCCCUCCAGUCAAACACCCCAUCCCCUGCAAGAUAUCCAUUCACUCUGAGGCGUCUCCGAUCUGUGUAGACAAAGAAGACAUGAGACCGCGGUACACCUAUGAUGCACACAACAUGUCCAUAGUUCUGGAUAAGACAAAUCUCAAAAACUUCCCUUUUGGAAACCGAAAUGUUGGCAAAAGCAAGAACACGUACAGCAGCAUAAAUACUGUAGAAAGCAACUGUCUGUCUAUUCUUCAGAACCACAGGACCUUCUCUCUCUGUUACUCAGAGCUGAGAACUUGCUCUCCAAAAACAGAGCAGGAACUGAGCCAGAAGGACAGUAAAAGCCCCAUCCUGAGGAACAUCUCUCCAGCCCCUUUACCCAUGCAGGAGGAGUUCCUUGAUCAUCAAAAGGAGGAUGUGGUUCAGGAUGGUGAGGAGGGAGAGAUUGGUGAACUCAAAAUCAGGUAUGAGGACUAUCAGGAGAACAAGAUUGAGAAGACCAUUGUGGCCCAGCAGGAGGCACACUACAAGUUCUUCCCCAGUGUCAUCCUCUCCAACUGCCUAAGUAGGAAGAAAGCUGGAGCCAAGAAGCUGCCUGAUAGCUUUAGUAAACUAGACCAGGCCCAGUCUCGUAGGUCUCGGUUAAAAUUAAGCAAAAAUCGGUCAGGAGCAGCUGCACACAGGAUGAAGCUGAACACGGAUGAAAGUGCUACCUCUGAGAGGCCAGUGAUACUGGCUUCACCUCCAUCAGACCCCCCUCACCCAGUGACUGUGGACUCUGAGAUACCAGCCUCUGAUGCAGCUCCAACAACAGAAGACGGACAACCUGAGGAGCUUUCAACAAAAGCAGAGGUCAUCACAAAAGAGGAGCCAUUAGACGAGGAGAGGCCUGUAAAUGAGCAGAGAGAAUCGCCUUUACUGCCCACCGGGUCCAACUCAACAGCUGGUUUGUGUUUUUCUGAAACGUCUACCGUCACAUCAGAGGACAGGUUCAGCCCACUUGAGGACUUACCCAGUAAAGUCACCUGUACGCAGCCGUCAGCGCUACCUGGUAGCAAAUACACACUGAGGACCAAACGGAAGAUGAUCUACGACAGCGAGGAUGGAGAACUCUCAGGGGCCCCUUGGUCUAAAAACCCGCUUUCCAUUAAAGAUCACCUUAAGGACAACAAUGGGCAGGAACAGAAACACCAGAAACGGCGUAAGAAGGAACCCCCAAUCAUUAUCAAGUACAUUAUUAUCAACAGGUUUAAGGGUCAGAAGAACAUGCUGGUGAAGAUGGCCAAAGUGAGUGCAGAGGAGCAGUGGGUGCUGCUGACUCCAGAGAAGCUGCAAGAGUACACCAAACUUGCCCCUUUGAAGGAUUUCUGGCCCAAAGUGCCAGAGUCCCCUGCAGUCAAGUUCCCCAUCCCGGAGCCAAAGGUCAAGAAGACCACCAAACGCAAAGCAAAGGUCAGCUCCUCCAAUAAGAAGUCGGCUCUUAAUUCCUCCAAACCUCAAGUCAAAGUAUGUCAAAAGGUCAAAAAAACAAAAGGCUCUCUAAGAAGUUUAAAUCUGCACCGGCUUCCUACACCGCGGCCAUGUUACUGUGAUCUAGCAGAUGAUCAUGACCUGGACUACACUGAUGUCAUGGUGGAACUGGGCUAUCUCUCCGAUAGAUCUCCGAGCCCCACAGACUCCACGCCUCCACGUUGCUGGUCUCCCAGUGAGCCUUUUAUGGACAUACAGACCUCAGAGGAGCUGAUAAACCCCCUCAGUGAUCCAGUUCUCAGUUCUUCAGCAUCUUCAGCCAAAGUAGUACAAAAUAAGGGUCAAGAUGUCAAAUCCAAGAAAUCCAGGAACACUAAAACAAAAGUGAGCAAGUCUCCUGUGAAGCCACGAGAGAAAAAAGAAUCCAAAAAACAGAAAUCGAGACAAAGUGCUACAACUUCUAGGCAGAGGAAGAAAGCUACAGGUACAACUAAAGGAACCGCCAACACCUCACAAGCAUUGACAAGGGCCCAGAAGGUCCAGAAAAAGAAGACAGGGGACCACAAAAACCACCAGUUAAAUAAAAACAAUUCAUCCUCAAGAAGUUCAAUCCAUUUCAAGCAGCCGGUCAGCUCAGACGACAACAGUCAGGGCAGUUUUCAAAGCAUAUCUCUGUCCACUUAUGCAGCCCAAUCUGUAGAGCCAAAGGUUGAAGACAUUGAGACUUCCAUUAUGGACGUCCAAGGUUUCCAGGCUGCUGUGGUAAAAGCAGAGUCUUCACCAGAGGCGUCCACAGACCCUCCGGUUCCUCUCUCCGAUAGACAGAGAAGGAAAAAUUGCAAAGAGACCAAUCGACAGCAGAUUCUCCACUUCCCCGCCCCGAAGAAUGGAGAGUUCCCGGCUCUUUCUGAGACCUUUUCUGGUCUGGCUGUCCUCAAGCAGCUUCUGCAGAAGAAGCAGCAGGGACAAGCCCUUCCUUUACAAGCUGUUGGUGCAGACACUCGCUCUGCUGCAGCAGCUCAGGUUGCAGCACUGCUGGACUCCUCGACUAAACCGCUCAAAUCCAAAAGGACCCCAUCUGCCACGUCAAGGAAACCCAAGACCCCCAGAUCCACUACUUCCAAGGAAAAGCCAAGAAUCAAGAAAAGCAAGACGAGCUGUACGCAACAAAACCUGUUGGUGAAGCAGGAGGAGAGCAUGCUAGAUGACAGCCCAAUCUUCCUCUCUGAUCCAGGUCUGGACAGUUGUACCUUCAUAGAGGACAGUUUGUCACCGGAGCUCCCACACAACUAUAACUUUGACAUUAAUACCAUGGACCAUAGUGAGUUCUCCAGCCCGUACUCUGGCAGCCAGUUUGUCCUGACGGAUAAACAUUUACCACUGAAGUUCCUGAGCGACGUCUCCCAGGAAACCAUCGCCGCUCAAGCAACGGGUUUUGAGAAGAGACUCGAUCGGCUCUUUGGGUCUGGGGAGGAGCACCAGAAGUGUACCAUCUUACACAAACGAAGACCAGUCAGUCCUGAUCUCUUUGAUAGGACAGAGAAUGGAGAGUCUGUUAUGUUCUUUGACUCUGAGAAAAUCAAAUGUCGGGACUGGGACUUCUCUUUAGGAAAUGGCCACGCCCUCAGUCCCUUUCAAGACUUUCACUGUGAGAGGAAAGAGCUGCUUCUUUCAACUUUUGACUCAGUCCUACCAUUGCCUUUAAGUUCUACGUCCUCCACUGACCACGAGGGUUCACCCACAGCUGAGCCUCUGGAGGGCAUUGACGUGCUCACAUCGACUACGCCCAGUAGUUCACCCCGCUCCGUCAGCUCUUUGUUUCAGGUGAGGGCCAAUCAGCUGCAGCGCAGCUCUGGGGGCGGAGCCCACAUCCUCAAGCCACUCAUGUCUCCUCCAAGCCGGGAGGAGAUCCUCAGCACUCUGCCCGAUCUGGAGAUGUCAGAGGCCAUCUUCCAGGAUCCCUUCUGCAGUGACCCCGCUGAUGCUCCUGGAAGGCCAAUGGAAGUCGGCGGCCGUAAACUGACCGUGGGCACCAACUUGCCUGAGGAGCUCGUGGAGUUCAGUGGAGAGCUGUCUUUGGAGGGCCUCCAUUUCUGGAAGACUGUCUUUUCAGCCAUGUCGCACUCCCCCACCACGAUUACCUCAUCUUCUCAUGACCAAGCAGCUGAGACGUCAGCAGCGGCACAGAAGCAAGCAGAUCUUGACUCGUCCUCAGCGGGAGACAAGAAGGUCACCCUGCUGCCCUGCAGGAUCCCACCGAGCAGAGAGCGUGUGCAGCUGUGGCUGGAAGCUAAGAAACAGUACGAAAGUCUGCAAAAAGCGAAGCGGCUCGCCGGCCUGCAGAGGCGGGUCGGGGUCGGGCCGGAUGAGGAAAGAGCUGAGCAGCCAGAUGUUCCCAGGUGUCUGGCAGUGAACAUCAAACUGUUGUGAGAGUCUUUAACAUCAGCUCAAACGAGACGCAAACACAACUUGUCUUUAAAAAUGUCUCCCACCACGCUGACAGACUCUCAGAGCCCGUCUCCAGAUUUGAGUUUGCUGUCAGACAUAAGUGCUCUUGAGCAGGAGGAAGCCAAUGAGGAUGAUAAAUCCAGUUCUCCGGAGUCUCAGGAGCUGCCUCCAUGGCAGCAGCCCUGUCAGUGCAGUCCCUCAGGGCCGCUCAGGCAAACUGGAGACUCUCCGGAACCGCAGUCUCCAAGGCUGUGUGACUCCACGGAGAGGUUAGGAGGAAAUGUUAGCCCCUCGCCGCUUCGCGUCAUUCAUACAGCCGAAGGAAGGAGGAGUCCCGUCCUGCUUCACAGCAGCCCCUUCCUAACGGAAUGGCAGAGAGGCGAGAAUGAUCCAGUGUGCAGUACGCCCGUAUCCAAGGAUGAUCCUGUUUCUCAGAGACUCCAGCAGAGGAGGAGGAGUCAGGCGGAGCCUCUCAGAAGAGCCUUACUGACGACGCAGAUGAAGAACCAGUUUGCUGCUUUGAACGUGCCAAAGAAAGACUUCUCCCAGAUCGAAGGUCCCAGCAUCUGCAACUCGUAUGGCUUCAAACUCAGCAUUCAGAACCUGCAGGAUGCCAAAGCUCUGCACGAGGUUCAGUACCUGACGUUGAUGGGCAUGGAGCUCCACGCACGGGCCCGACGGGACCUCGAGCCCGACCCUGAAUUUGACCCCAUAUGUGCCUUAUUCUACUGCCUCAGCUCUGACGCACCCCUGAAAAACUCGGACAGCGCGCAGCUGACAGGUGCCAUCGUGGUCGACCAACGCCACCAAAACAGCGGCCGAGAUGACCAAGGUCGCCGAGCAACAGCGCCCCUGCUGGUCAGGUCGGGCGUUUCUGGGCUGAAGGUGACGUACGCGUCGGACGAGAAGCUGCUGUUUCAGGAGCUGGUUAACGUCAUCCAGAGGUUCGACCCGGACAUCCUGCUGGGAUACGAGGUGCAGAUGCACUCCUGGGGCUACCUCCUGCAGCGCGCCGCCGCACUCGGAGUCGACCUGUGCCAGCAGCUGUCACGUGUGCCAGGUGACUCCAAAGAGAACCGCUUCAGCGCAGACAGAGACGAAUAUGGAGCCGACACCAUGACUGAGAUUCACAUCAUCGGACGCAUCACCCUCAACCUGUGGCGGGUGAUGAAGACCGAAGUCACGUUGAACAACUACACUUUUGAGAACGUGGCCUUCCAUGUGCUCCAUCAGCGCUUCCCGCUUUUCACCCCCCGCAUGCUGUCUGACUGGUUCGAUCACAACAGCGACCUCUACAGGUGGAAGGUGGUCGACCACUACGUCAUGCGUGUGCAUGGAACCAUGCAGCUGCUGCAGCAGCAUGACAUCAUCGGUCGCACCAGCGAACUGGCCAGACUGUUCGGGAUUCAGUUCCUCCACGUUCUGACCCGAGGUUCUCAGUACCGCGUAGAGUCCAUGAUGCUGCGAGUGGCCAAGCCGAUGAACUACAUCCCCGUCACGCCCAGCGUCCAGCAGCGUGCCCAGCAGAGGGCGCCGCAGUGCAUCCCGCUGGUGAUGGAACCUGAGUCGCGCUUCUACAGCAACUCUGUGGUGGUGCUGGACUUCCAGUCGCUCUAUCCCUCCAUCGUCAUCGCCUACAACUACUGCUUCUCCACCUGCCUCGGCCACGUGGACAGCCUGGGAACAUGUGAUGAGUUUAAGUUCGGCUGCACAUCGCUGCGAGUUCCUCCAGAGCUCCUCUACCAGCUCCGGAACUACAUCUCCAUCUCACCAAACGGCAUCGCCUUUGUUAAGGCCUCGGUGCGUAAAGGCGUCCUGCCCGCCAUGCUGGAAGAGAUCCUGAAAACCCGGAUCAUGGUGAAACAGUCCAUGAAGGCCUACAAGCAGGACAAGUCGCUGAUGAAGCUGCUGGACGCGCGGCAGCUUGGCCUCAAGCUCAUCGCCAACGUCACCUUUGGCUACACCUCGGCCAACUACUCGGGUCGGAUGCCCAGUGUGGAGGUUGGAGACAGCAUCGUCCACAAGGCCCGAGAGACGCUGGAGAGAGCCAUCAAGCUGGUGAAUGCCACGGACAAGUGGGGAGCUCGCGUGGUGUACGGAGACACAGACAGUAUGUUUGUUUUGUUGAAGGGAGCCACCAAAGAACAGGCCUUCAAGAUUGGCAACGAGAUUGCAGAGGCCGUGACCGCGACCAACCCGAAACCGGUCAAACUCAAAUUUGAAAAGGUGUACCUGCCGUGUGUGCUGCAGACAAAGAAGCGUUACGUAGGUUACAUGUACGAGAGCCUCGACCAAAAGGAACCAGUGUUUGAUGCCAAAGGGAUUGAGACCGUGCGCCGUGACGGCUGUCCUGCUGUUUCCAAGGUUCUGGAGCGUUCCAUCAAGCUGCUGUUUGAGACGCGGGACAUCAGCCAGGUGAAGCAGUUUGUGCAGCGUCAGUGCCUGAAGGUCCUGGACGGCCGAGCCAGCAUGCAGGACCUGACCUUCGCUAAAGAGUACCGCGGCAGCAGCUCAUACCGGCCCGGAGCCUGCAUCCCAGCGCUGGAGCUCACCAGACGUAUGAUGACUUACGACCGCCGCCUGGAGCCGCGUGUUGGCGAGCGCGUGCCCUACGUGAUCGUGUACGGGACACCCGGCGUGCCUCUUAUCCAGCUGGUGCGCCGUCCCGUGGAGGUGCUUCAGGACGCCAGCCUGCGUCUCAACGCCACAUAUUACAUCAGCAAGCAGAUCCUGCCGCCGCUCGCCCGCAUGUUCCAGCUGAUCGGCGUGGACGUGUUCGGCUGGUACCAGGAGCUGCCGCGGGUCCAGAAGGUGUCCUGCGCUGCCGUCCCGGGCAGAGAGGACGUGGGGCGGAAGGGAACCAUUUCACAGUACUUCACCACACUGCACUGCCCCGUGUGCGACGAGUUGACCCAGCUGGGCGUCUGCACGCGCUGCCGCGCCGACCCUCAGCGCGUCACCGUCACACUGCAGCAGGACAUCCGUCAGUCGGAGAGUCAGCGGGAGCAGCUGCUGAAGAUGUGCAGGAGCUGCAGCGGUUUUGCUGAGCGCCAGGUUCCGUGUGCGUCUCUGGACUGUCCUGUUCUCUACAAACUAUCCUGGGUCAACCGUCAGCUGGCCCGGGCGCCCUACCUCCGCCAGCUGCUGGAGCAGUUCUGAUUGGCUCCCGUGCUUCUCGCUGAUUUGGUGCUAAUAGCUGUUUUUUUUUUUUUUUCUGUCUCUCUGUUCGUCCGUUCUGUUGGAACUGUUUCCAUGGUGCUUUGUUAGAAGUCGGGUUUGUUUUCUUUGUGUCUCGUGUGUUUCUGCGUGUUGACGGGCCACUUUUGGCCGCGUUCUUCCGCAGCAGCUCUGAAGUGAGGAAAAACUACAAACCAUUAAUUAUCUCAUUUAUAGAAAGAGGUUUUUUUGUAAAUAGUUUGUGUACAGUAUCCAACUAAAAACUUUGAUUAGUAUCAGAACAAACUGACCCUGAAAAGCUCGUACCACGACGCACGAUGUUUUAGCGUUUGAUUGUACAGCGGUCCGUCUGACACUAAACGCUCUGCGGCGCCGCGGCUCCCGGCCGCCAGCUGCACAACCCACUUCAGUUUUUUUUUUAAAUCUGGGACUGUUGCAAUACUGUGUUUUGAUAAUUUAUGUCAGAGUUAUUACACCGUGUGAAUGUUUUCUUUGCAAAGACCCAUCAGACGCCACAGAGACCCGGACCAGUUCCCGUCCAGCUGCGCGCAGGAAGUGCGCGUUUGUAAAAAUGUAAGAAAUGAAGGUGUUUUGUUUUUAAUGGAUAUUUCUGUGGGUGGAGGUUUGAGAUUGAUUAUAAUAAAAAAGUCAAUGAAUUAAUGUUUCCUUCA